CGAUAUUUUCCAAAAUUUAGGUGGAAACCAACUCGCUCCACUCCUAAUAAUUCCUCCAGAAAAUUAAGUGGGUUAGUUCAGACCUUCUUCUUCUGCUUCUUGGUUGCUCUUCCUUUCAUUCACAACUCAAAAAAUGAAAACCCAUGAUCAUUAUGAUGCUAACCAGUAUGCACAAAUGAGGAAUUUACUCUCAUUGUGUCAUGAUCUUGGUCCUGCUUCCACUGUAACUCAAUACUGAAUUUGAUGAGAGGAAGAGUGCAUUAGACAUGUUUGAUACUCUGUUUGGAUGGAGAAAGGCCUCUAAAUGCAAGAAACUGAUUAGGCAUGUUCAGUGCCGUCUGAAGCUCCUGAAGAACAAGAAAGGAUCCAUUAUAAGGCAGUUACGCGAGGAUGUAGCUCAACUCCUCAAGCUUGGCCAUGAAAAAAGCGCCUUCUCUCGGGUUGAGAAGCUAUUUGAGGAUCAAACCCUAAUGGCCAUAUACGAUUUGUUGGAUCAUUUCUGUGAAUUCAUCACAAUCCACCUUCCCUAUAUCCGAAGACACAGGGACUGUCCAAAUGACAUUAAUGAAUCAGUAUCAAGUCUUAUAUAUGCUGCUGCAUGGUGUGGAGAUUUGCCUGAGCUUCAAAUGCUUCGGAACCUAUUUGGAGAGCGCUAUGGGCAUAAAUUUGUCAUUACUGCUGUUGAAUUGCUCCCAGGGAAUCUUGUGAACUCUCAGAUAAUUGAGAAGCUCCGCAUAAAUUUAAUUUCAGAUGAUGUGAAGCUUGGUUUGUUGGAUGAAAUAGCUAAGGAUUACAGCAUUCGAUGGAAAACUACUAGGAUAAUGGAAAGGCUUGAACUCCAAAACCAGCAGAUAUAUAAUCUUCCUUUGGAAAAUGGGGGACCUCAUGGUCAAGUCGAUGAAAGAGAGAUCCAAGUUAUCUAUCCCAGCGAAGGAACUGAUAUAACAGCUUCAAAUUAUGAAGAUACUCAAGGAAAAGUGCUUCCUAGCUCAUUACCAGUUUGCGAGAAUUUUCAGUCUCCAAACAAUUUGAAUAUUACCCAAAGUUCCUCCAGUGCUAUCAUUGUUGCACAACCUUGGACAGUUACUAUGAAUUCUUCUCUCUCUACCUCAAGUCAUAGAAAUGCAGUCGAAGCAGAGAAGAAUGGAGAACUGGAUCCUUCCUUCAAACCCAGAAUGACACCUAAACCAUAUUCUGGCCAGAGUGAUCUAAGGAUCUGUAGUUCAAGAUAUCUUUCUAAUUUCUCUAAGAAACAUGAGGCGGAACGGAAAACAACAACUGCAUCUGAAAGUUCAUAUCAGUUUCCGGAGAUGAGUGUUGUUUAUCUUGAUGACAUAGAGGAAUCUAAUGCCACCAUACAAGUUGGUAUAGACAAGGACCAAAGGAUAUUUAUGUUCAAAUCAAUCAACAUGCCUAGAAGAGAAAAUCUUGGAGCUGAAAUAGCUUGCUUGUCAGAUUUAUAUGGUUACAAUCAUACUGAAAAGCUGAAGGAGACUAGUGAACUGUGGGAUGGAAGAGUGCAAUCCAGGAGCUAUAGAAUAAAGACUGAGUCAUCUCGGAAGAGAUUGAAUGGGAGAUCACUCUCUUGGGGAAGUCAAGUGUCCCACUCCUCUGUGUCACCGUCCUUGAGCAUGAACGAUGUUGAAUCUGCACUCUACUAUGGUGACCAUCCCAGACAUAAAAAUCAUCACACGAAAAAACAUCAGCGUAAGAUGCCAAUUGAAGAAAGCUGGAAUUUGAAAUUCGGAAGUCACAAGAAGAAACUUCCAUUACUACCGCAAGGUAAAGAUACAGGGGAAAUAGAGAAUGAAUUUUGUGGUGAGGAUAUGGAAGGGAAGCAUUUCUUUAAUAGUGAAUAUAAUCGGAGGUGGUCUAACAGUGACUGCAGAAUUGACCGUGAUAUGGUUAUUGAUUGUAGCUUGGAUCAUCCAUGUUAUUUCUCUACAAGUAAUGAUAAAGAUGAGGUGGAAAACAUGUGUUUGAAGCAAGAUAAGGGGAAUAAAAAAGAAGUGGGCUUUCCAUCUCUCAACUUUCAACAAAAAUGGAUAGGCCAUUGCAGUUUACCAAAUGAAGAAGCAUUUGAAGGUACUACUGCUAUGAACCAUGGAAGCUAUGGAAAUGCACAAGACUAUAAGGCCAUCGCAAGUGGUGAGAUAGAAGUCCAAGAAAUGGGAUGGGCCUCUUCCCCUCAGACAGACUGCCAGGAUAUGGUUUCUCUGUAUACUGUUACAGAUCAUAAAAGUCAAGUGCCCAACAUGAGGAGCAUGAAGGAAGAGCAUGUUAAAAAAGAAGGAAUAUCAUAUUUUCAGGGCAGUUGUGCCUCCUCCCAUGGCUCUUGUUCAUGCAUGACGAGUCCAUUGACACAGAGAUUGAGGCAGCAACCACCUUAUCUAAGGGCUCACACAAUGCCCCCAGAGAGAACCCAAAAUGCAGCAAGUGACAAUGUUAUCCGAUCUGUGUCCUUUCAGUUAAAACAAACCAAUCAUUCGACUGGCAGCUCUUCAUCCUCUUCCUCCAGCCAUGUCCAUCCUAAGCUGCCGGACUAUGAUGAUUUGGCAGCCAAAUUCACUGCUCUCAAAAAGGAGCAUCUACAGCGUAAGCUCCAAUCAGGCUAGCAAUGGUUUAAGCUGCAUGAGGUUGAGCCUAUCCAUGUUAGUCACUGGCUGCUGCUUUCUGUACAUUGGAGUGUAUAUUCGGUACCCAGUUAUGCUGGGUAUCCCUCUAUCUUUUUCUAUCGUCAUUUUAAAUUCUAUUAGUUGCCAUUUGUUAAGAUGUUGCCAUUGAAUCUCUCUUAUUAGUAGAUUUUAACACGCAGA